GCACGCAUACUUUGGGCUCAUCCGAAAGUGUCGGUACCGUACACGUGAGUAUGUGUGAGUUUUUAAAAGGAAAAAUUGCACAGCAGUGAGCACAUUGAUGAAGCAAAGCAUGGAGGUAGUAUCUGAUGAAGAAGCCUUUCUGUUUGCGAUGGAACUAUCAUGUGCCUCUGCUGUUCCCAUGGUCCUCAAGUCAACUCUGGAGCUUGGCAUCUUAGAAACUAUAGCAAAGGCUGGUCCUGGAGCUUUCCUUUCUGCUUCUCAAAUUGCUUCUCAGAUUCCAAUCAUAAAGAACCCUCAAGCACCUGCCAUGUUAGACCGCAUGUUCAGCCUCUUGGCUAGCUUCCACAUCCUCACCUGCUCCCUUCACCAUCUGCCUCAUGGUAAGGUUGAGAGGCACUAUGCUCUUCACCCCAAAGCCAAAUACUUUGUUAACAAUCAACAUGGUGUCUCCCUCGCUCCUUUCUUUCUCAUGGAACAGGACAAAGUUCUCCAAGACAUGUGGUACCACUUGACAGAUUCAGUUGAGGAGGGUGGGCUUCCAUUUAACAAUGCUUUUGGAAUGACUGCCUUUGAAUUCCACGAAAUAAAUCCUAGAUUCAACAAGCUAUUCAAUAAGGGAAUGUCUCAUUGCUCAAGCAUCACAAUGGAGAAAAUCCUUGACACCUAUAAUGGCUUUGAAGGUGUUGGAUCUUUGGUGGAUGUUGGCGGUGGGAUUGGAGCUAUUGUUAACAUGAUUGCCUCUAAGUAUCCCAUGAUAAAGUGCCUUAAUUUUGACUUGCCUCAUGUCAUUAAGGAAGCUCCAGAGUAUACAGGUGUGAAGCAUAUUGGAGGAGACAUGUUUGUGAGUGUUCCAAAAGCUGAUGCCAUUUUUAUGAAGUGGGUAUGUCAUGACUGGAAUGACGAACAGUGCUUGAAAUUGUUGAAGAACUGCUAUGAUUCCCUCCCUGACAAUGGGAAGGUGAUUUUGGUUGAAGGCAUUAUUCCAGAUAGUCCAGACUCAAAGCUAGCUUCCAAGUGUGAGUUUCAAAUGGAUAUUUUAAUGUUAUGUCAGACCUCUGGUGGAAAAGAGAGAACGCAGAAAGAGUACGAGUCUUUGGCUAAAGGGUCUGGAUUCCAUGCUUUCCGAGUAGCGUCUUCUGUUCUCAACAUGCAUGUCAUGGAAUUACUUAAGAAUUAAUGCAUAACUUUGUAUCUUUUGCCGUUUGCAUCUUCGUUUCCAGAACUUCAUUCUCCUCUUUAUGCAAACAUUAGAUCCUCCUAUUCCAAUA